AUGGAACUGAAUAAUGGUGAACUAUUGCCUGUGCAGGCAGAAGAUGAGGGAACUGCAUCAGAGCUCCACAAUGGAGGACUGAUGGAACCGGAUGCUGAAGGGGCAGAGGUUGGGCAGGGUGAUGAGGAGGCGGGGUUGGAUAACGAGGAAGCGGAGCUGGUCAAUGGGGAUGUGGAGGUGGAGCUGGCUGAUGAAGGGCUGGAGGUGGUGUCGGACAGUGAAGUGGUGGAGGUAGAAGUGGGGUUAGGCGAUGAGGAUGCAGGACCCAGUGAUGAGGAGGUGAUGGCAGAGCUAGGCAAUGAGGUUGGUGAUGCAGCUGAGCUGGGCGACGAGAGGUUGGAGGUGGGGCCAGAUGGUGAAGAGGCAGAGCCGGGGCCAGAUGGUGAAGGGGCAGAGCCGGGGGCAGAUGGUGAAGGGGCAGAGCCGGGACCAGAUGAUGAAGGGGCAGAGCCAGUGCUGGAGGAUGAAGUGGCAGACGUGGGGCCAGAUGAGGAGGAGGUGGAGCCAGUGCCAGAUGGUGAGCGGGCGGAGCCAGUGCCAGACGAUGAAGGGACGGUGGCAAAGGUGAAGCCAGAUGUUUCGGGGGAGGAGCCAGUGAUGGAUGAUGAGGGGGCUCUGAUGGAGGUGGGGACAGAUGCUGAGGGGGUGGAGCCAGUGCCAGAGGAAGAGGGCAUGAUGAUUGAUGAUGAGGGGGCGUUGGUGGAGUCGGGGACAAGUGGGGAGGAGGUAGGGCUAAUUCCAAAGGAUGAGGGGAUGGCAGAGGAGGUGGGGCCGGAGGAUGAAGGGUUAGUGACAGAGGCGGGGCCGGAGGGUGAGGGGGCAGUGACAGAGGUGGGGCAGGAGGAUGAAGGGGCAGGGCCAGAGGGUGAGGGGGUAGUGACAAAGGCGGGGCCCAAGAAUGAGGGGGCGGGGCCGGAGGAGGAAGUAAUUGCAGAAACUAUUCUUCGAUCAACCCGUGCGGACAGCCUGAAUGUCAACUCUGUCGCCCAGCCACAGUGGGCAUGUUGGGAAGUGGGUGAUCGCUGCCGGGCCAGGUGGACCGAAGACGGCAUAAUCUACGCAGCCACCAUCCAGUCCAUAAACAUCGGCAAACAGACCUGUACCGUCCUCUACACCGAUUACGGCAACAGGGAGGAGCAGACCCUGUCGGAGCUGCUGCCCGAGGAGAGCGAGAGCUUCGGAGAACGGUGGGAAUGUUGGGAAGUGGGCGAUCGCUGCCGGGCCAGGUGGUCUGAAGACGGCAUCAUCUACAGUGCCACCAUCCAGUCCAUAAACAUCGGCAAACAGACCUGCACCGUCCUCUAUACCGGAUAUGGCAACAGGGAGGAGCAGAGGCUCUCGGAGCUGCUGCCCGAGGAGAUCGAGAACUUCGGAGAACAGUGGGAAUGUUGGGAAGUUGGUGAUCGCUGCCGGGCCAGGUGGUCCGAAGACGGCAUCAUCUACGCCGCCACCAUCCAGUCUAUAAACAUCGGCAAACAGACCUGCACCGUCCUGUACCAUGGGUACGGCAACCGUGAGGAGCAGAGCCUGUCAGAGCUGCUGCCCGAGGAGAGUGAGAGUCUCGAGGAACAGGUGGUGGAGAGAGGCUCAUUGACAGGAGACUGGGAGAAUACCUCCCCUAUGUGCAGAGCAGACAUCUUCAAAGAGAAACGCUGGCACCAUCACUUGCAAGAGUCUCGCUACCAUGGACAUCAGCCACUCACACCCCCCGAGACCCCCACCCACAAUCACACCUACACCCACAACCAAACCAUCACACAGCCACCCACACCCCCCCUGAUGCCUCGAUACAGCAAUGUCCAGACCUCUCCUCUUCCUCCUCCAGCUCACCUAUUCAGCCCAGACCUCAGUGAAGAUGGUGCCCUGAUGAGCCUGCUGAUAGCUUGGUACAUAAGUGGCUAUCACACUGGAUACUAUCUGGGUUUGAAACAAGGCCGGACUGAAGCAGCCAUGAACCCAGAGAUGCGGAGACCCAGAUGGCCUAUUCAGUGAUGGCCUGUGUCAUCUCCCCGCGUGGGUCUGUUGGGUUCCAUUCCUUUUGGUGAAACCAAUGUAAAUAAUGCAUCAAGAAAGAGAGGAGGA